AUUCGAAAUCGCAACGAACGCUUCAUGACAGGAGUUGGGUGAGGAACAUAAAAUUUCUUCCAGAAUCAUCAGUAUAUGGAGAGGAAGAAUGUUAAGGAAAAAUGAAACAUUAAUUUUUAAAUACUUUCUUAAUCUCAUUAAUGGAGCUUUCUUGGUGCUUGGACUUUUACUUAUGGUAUUUGGUGCAUGGCUUUUAUUAGACAGAAAUAGUUUUUUCACACUUUUGGAUGAAAAUAGUCACUUGGAAGUAUAUAUUUUUCGAAUUUUGAUGGGAACUGGAUCUGCUACUGUUCUUCUUUGUCUCUUGGGUUAUUUGGGAAUUCACAAUGAAAUCAGAUGGCUCCUAAUUCUGUAUGCAGUACUGUUAACGUGGGCCUUUGGUGUUCAGGUUGUCCUUUCAGCUCUAAUCUUCACAAAGAAAGACGAGGUUCGCCAAAUGUGGCAUGAUGAAAUUGAUUCAGUCAUUAUUAAGUAUGGGUCUAAGGAUUUGCCUGAAGACAUACCCAAGUGGACCAUUCUGAAUGCUUUACAGAAAACAUUACAGUGUUGUGGCCAAAAAAAUUACACAGAUUGGAUAAAGAAUAAGAAUAAAGAAAAUUCAGAACAGGUGCCAUGUUCUUGCACAAAUUCUACAUUAAGAAACUGGUUUUGUGAUGAGCCACUGAAUGCAACUUACCUAGAGGGUUGUGAAAAUAAAAUCAACACAUGGUAUCAUGCUAAUGUUUUAACAUUAAUUGGAAUUAACUUUGGACUUUUGGCUUCAGAGGUUUUGCAAGUCUCAUUAACUAUUUCUUUCUUCAGACACGUCAAGAAUAGAAUAUAUGCAGAAAAGUGAUCUUUGGAUUUUAAUUUGCCUGGAGGAAAUCAGUUAAUUCUCAAAAUAAUCAUGUUGCAUUCUUUUAGUCCCCCAAAAGAGUUCUGAAUUACAUUCAUUAAGUUUAGGAUUUAUUCAAGUCAUUGGUUAUAU